CGGACAAAAAGCGAUUAGCAGAUAUCUACCCCAUCAAACAGGGACUUCCCCGCGCGCGGCCCCGAGUGUAGGGCGAUAUCACUUUAUGUAUUAGGAUAUAUUAUGUCAAAUUCAUUAAUCGACCAUUGAGACAGCGAUCACAAUGGAGCCACAGUAUCUUGAUGCUUUAGUUGUUGGUGCCGGCUUUGGCGGCAUCUACCAACUUAAAAAACUUCUUGAUCAGGGUUUAAAUGUUAGGGCUAUUGAUAUAGCAGAUGAUGUCGGAGGCACUUGGUACUGGAACCGAUAUCCAGGAGCCAUGUCCGAUACCCAAUCAUUCCUCUACAGAUAUUCCUGGGACGAGGAAGAUCUUGAGACGUACCCGUGGGAUAGCCACUAUCUCCAAGCCGAUGAGAUCUUAGGAUAUCUCAAGCACGUUGUUAAGAAAUACAACCUGCGGAAGCACUUUCAACUCAAAACAGAGUUACUAGCUGCACAAUGGAGCGAUGAGGAGCGCAAAUGGUUCGUUACGCUGUCAACGAACGAAGUCCUCAAAGUCAAAUACCUUGUGACAGGGCUCGGCCUCCUAUCAAAAACCAAUUUCCCAAACAUCCACAACCUCGACAAAUAUGAAGGAGAACUCUACCACACAGCUAGAUGGCCCGAGAACGCGAACCUCAAAGGGAAGCGUGUAGGAAUCAUUGGCAACGGCUCCACGGGUAUCCAGGUCAUAACCGCACUUGGAAAAGCUGAGGAGGUCAAGCAACUGAUUUCCUUCCAACGCAACCCCCAAUACAGCGUCCCCGCUGGAAAUGGACCAGUCUCCGCCGAGCACCGCAAUCACGUCAACAAGACAUAUAGGGAAAUUUGGGACCAAGCUAAGAACAGCUUGUUUGCGUAUGGUUUCGAGGAGACCAAACGCCCGACCUUUAGCGUCACUCCCGAAGAGCGCGAGCAAAUCUUCGAAGAUGCUUGGCAGAAAGGGAAUGGUUUCCGCUUUAUGUUCUGGACUUUCAGCGAUAUCACUGUAAAUGAGGAAGCGAACAAGGUGGCCUGUGAGUUUAUUAGGAACAAGAUUCGCCAGACGGUCAAGGAUCCAGAGAAGGCUCGGAAGCUUUGUCCCACGGACUGGUAUGCCAGGAGACCUCUAUGUGACACUGGUUAUUACGAGCAGUUUAACCGUGAUAAUGUUGACGUCGUCGAUAUCAAGACGAACCCAAUCACCGAGCUAACACCAACCGGUAUCAAGACCGCGGACGGCACGCUUUACGAACUUGAUGUCAUCAUCUGUGCAACGGGCUUCGAUGCCGUUGAUGGUAACUACACACGUAUCGCGAUUCAGGGGCGAAACGGCCACACUUUGAAAGACCAUUGGGCUCAAACCGGACCGACAUCAUAUCUGGGAAUCUCUGUACCCCAGUUUCCCAACCUCUUCAUGAUCACCGGCCCAAAUGGACCAUUCUCAAACCUUCCUCCUGCGAUCGAAUGUCACGUCGAGAUCAUCUCCGACCUGAUUGCCACUGCAGAGAAGAGUUCCUCAACCCUGAUCAGGGCUCCUAAUGUUGCCAACGGAGUAAAUGAUACUAAAGUCACUGAUGGCAACAAUAGCUUCAAUGGUGUUAACAGACACGCGAACGGACUCACAAACAGUAUCACCUGCGAGAAUGGCAUUAUAGAGGCCGAACCUCACGCAGAAAAGCAGUGGACAGAGUUAUGUGACGAGAUGAGCUCGAAGAGUCUGUUCCGCAGAGUCGAUUCCUGGAUAUUUGGCGCCAACAUUCAGGGUAAGAAGACUACUUCUAUGUUUUGGUUUGGUGGGUUGGGUCCGUACAGAAAGACAGUGCAGAAGAUUCUAGAGGAUGACAUGAAGGGCUUCAAGCGGUUUUGAGGUUACGAUUCUGUUGAGAGAUUAACGGUGUUUAUUGAUGUGAAGGCCUCUACGAGUUUGUGCAAAGUUAUCAAUUCCUCG